UGAUGGCAGUCGUUCUUUAUAGUUGACUUUGACUUGCCCGUCGUUCCAUCACUCCACCCUGGUCGUUUAUGUAUGCUUUUCUAUACGGGCUGCGGAAUUUGGCGCUGAUUCGACAACCUUUGUCUUAUGGUCGUGUCAAACCUCGAAUUGCUCUCAGGUAUUCGGUAUCGUCUCGGCGUCGUCUAGCGGAGGCUCACAGUAUCCCAAUGUUCAAGAAGGCAUUAAGGGACAAUUCAGUUGCGUCCGCGAAACCGCUUCAGUCCAGUCUCUCGCGUACCAAUGGAAUUGUUCAACCAAAGCCAACGACAGAGACGGCGCCGUCUGCUGGCAUGAAGCGGAAGAUUGAAAUGACCGGUGCUGGACAGUCAGCAUUGGGGUCUUUGCAUAGUGCCGUGUACUUCGACGAGGAUGACUUUGACGACGAUGAUGACUUGGAUUUCGAGGCGCCAGAUCCAUUUGUCCCUCCGGCGAAAGUCACGCCGUCGAACCCAUCCACACAAGUAUCUGUGGGUUAUUCGAAUUCCAGCGGAACCUCGACACGUACUGGUGCAUUGGCUACAGUAGAGUCAUCUACAAGCGAUAAAGGGACUUUAGAGAUAAAGUAUCCAGAACUUCCGCCUGUUCCUGAUGAUGAUAUCCCCCCGUCAAGCAGUAUACAGUAUCCCUGGUCGUCUUCACCUCCAUCCCACCUAUUCCCGCCCGCACCUCCACCCACAAAACGGCGAACACUGCCGUGGCUCAAUGACGAAAAGCAAGCAGAAUCGGUUAAACACGUUAACCCCCCGUCGACUCCGGCACGUUCUAAAACUACUACUCUCCCUUGGAACAAAACCGCCAGUGCGGUCAAACAAGAGCAGAAAGAGCUCCGGCGACAAAACAAGAAAUUCCAAGAAGGAGAACGAAACUCAAAACAACGCCAAUCUCGCCCAAGACUUGCAUCCUUGUUUCUCAGCGAUGAGCAGCGAGCCGUCCUCGAGGCCGUUGUCGAUCAGGGCAAAAGCAUAUUUUUCACAGGUUCUGCUGGAACUGGCAAGUCAGUUCUCAUGAGGGAAAUAAUAAAGAAACUUCGCGAUAAAUACCGUAGAGAGCCAGACAGGGUCGCUGUUACGGCGUCUACAGGACUUGCUGCCUGUAAUAUAGAAGGCGUGACAUUGCACAGCUUCGCCGGAAUUGGCUUGGGGAAAGAGGCAGUUCCUGAGCUUGUUAAGAAGAUCAGGAAAAACCCCAAGGCCCGCAACCGUUGGCUGCGCACAAAGGUUCUUAUUAUCGAUGAGGUUUCAAUGGUAGACGGAGAGCUUUUUGACAAACUUGAAGAGAUUGCACGGCGGAUUAGGAACAAUGGUCGGCCAUUUGGAGGAAUUCAGCUCGUUAUUACCGGUGACUUCUUUCAGCUGCCUCCAGUGCCCGAGUCAAGUAAUCGCGAGGCGAAAUUCGCAUUCUCUGCUGCCACCUGGAAUACGUCGAUCCAGCAUACUAUUCUCCUGACCCAUGUUUUCCGGCAAAAGGACCCCGAAUUUGCGGAUAUGUUGAAUGAGAUGAGACUUGGAAGGAUCAGCCCCAGCACUAUCGCGGCAUUCCGGAAGCUUUCUCGGCCACUUGAUUUCCAUGACUCGCUUGAAGCCACUGAACUGUAAGAUUCCUUUGAGAUACACUCAUUUUUCAGCGUUGACAAUCAGCAGAUUCCCCACUCGGAGGGAAGUAGACAGUGCGAACAGUGCACGAAUGGCGAGGCUUUCGGGAGAAACCAUGACCUUUCAAGCAGUGGAUAGUGGAACGAUCCAAGACGAAAAGAUCAGGGAGAAGAUGCUGUCCAACUGCAUGGCACCUCCCGUCAUUCAUCUGAAGAAGGGUGCUCAAGUGAUGCUAAUCAAGAACAUGGAGGAUACGCUGGUGAACGGUUCAAUCGGGCGAGUAGUCGCAUUUAUGGACGAAGCAACAUUUGAUAUUUACCGAGAUAAUGACGGUGAUUUUGCUGGCGAAGGUGCCAGCGAUGACGAAAGGGCAAAUCGCGCACGUAAGAAACUCAAAUCACUCGCACAUAAGGAGGGAGGGGUUACUGUUACGAAGAAAUGGCCCUUGGUUUGUUUCAUGCAACCUGAUGGGACAGAACGACAUUUGCUCUGCCAACCUGAGGCCUGGAAGAUUGAGCUACCUAACGGCGAAGUGCAGGCCCAGCGUCAACAAGUACCGCUCAUACUUGCCUGGGCUUUAUCCAUCCACAAGGCCCAAGGCCAAACCCUUCAGCGAGUGAAGGUAGACCUGGGUCGAACCUUUGAGAAAGGACAGGCUUAUGUCGCGCUUAGUCGUGCAACCUCCCAGGCCGGCCUCCAAGUAACCCGAUUCGAUCCGAGCAAAGUGAUGGUGCAUCCCAAAGUUGUUGAAUUCUAUUCCCAGCUGGUCAACAUCAAUCAGGUCGUCAAGCCAAAAAAUUCUAGCAACGCCCAGGGAUCAGUGGCGACCGAUAUCCGGAGAUAUGGAGAAGAUUUCGAAGAUUUCGAUGACGAUGAGUUAGAAUAUAUAUCUGCUUAUUGAGUACUGCGAGCAUUGCAGCAGCUUGCUCUGUUUCAGUUUCUCUGUCCAUAUCUUUUUCAUUUCUACUCACUCUCCUGUUAUCUUUAUGGCGCAGUACACAACAGCCUUACUGUUACUACUCUUUAUUUUAUUUUUACUUUUUAAGAAUACCUAGUGAGGAUAAAAACGGCAAAUGGAGUCUAUAUAUCAAC